GCCAAUUCAAACGAAACAAACAACUAAAUAGGCACAAGGUCGGUCAUGACAUUCAACAUUAUUUAAAAAUAUAUAAAAAUUGUAAAUAAACAAGCGGGAUAACAUUAACAGAUCUUGAAGGUCACGAAAUAGAAACGUGGUUCAUCUUAAAAAUACAGAUCUAGCAGACGACAGAAGGACUUUAUACGAAAAAUUCGGCUUUUUUCAUUGGUUGUUAUGUUGCAGCAACUUCACGUGACUAAAUUUGAAAUUUAUAAUAUUGUUAUUUCAUAUUCCAAACUUAUAUACAAUGAAACGUAAUUUUUAUAAAAAAUACUUAUAUACUUAUAUAAAUACGUAAAACAUUCAUAAUGCAUUUAUGCAUGUGUAAAAACGCAAGGAUCAAUAUAUAUUUAAUAUAUGACUGUAAUUAUGACAUAAAUUUUAUAAAAAGAUCGUAAUAUGUGUGUUUGUGUGUGUAUGUGUGUGCUGUGUAUUAAGAGUAUAUACAUCGAUAUUUAAAUAAAUAUUUAAGUACAACUUCAAAGAAAUAUCACAAUGUGGCGGUAAUUUUUAAUUUAAUCUUUUGUCAACGAGAAUUUGAAUGAGGGCAAUUAAGCGAAAAAUAUUACAUGGAAAUUGUACAUUGGCAUAUAUUAUUUACUGUUUAUUUUAUUUUUAUAAUUUUCAUUGCAAAAUACUAUGCUCAAACUGAAAUAUAUGAGGAUUAUAAUUUUGAUCCUGAAUUUGAUUAUUCACAAUUAAGCAGUACUAUUGAAUAUGAAGAAACUAAUUAUUCUUCUCACACAAAAACUGUUAUACAUAAAACAUUAGAUAAAAAAGUUAAAUGCGAUGAGGACCAGAUAUUAUUUUAUUUGGCUAAACUACAAGUUAUUAAUCCAGAAAGUAUAUUAUUAAUUGCUUCAUACAAGGACAUUGAACAUUUUUGUAGGAAAAUAGUUGAAACUCUUGAUUCAAUUGAUAAUGUAAUGCAAACAUGUACACCUUUGCCAGAAGACCAUUUAUAUAUGCAACUUAUAGCAGGAUUAAGAGUACUCAGUAGUAAACUUUGUGUGUAUGAAAAUUAUCAAUCUAUAUUUAGAAAAUAUAUGAAGUGUUAUCAAGAACUCCACGAUGAAUAUUUGGACUGUGUAGGACCAACAGAUUGGACAGAAAAUAUGGAAAUACAUGAUCUGUGCGAUCAAUUCAAAGCUAUAUCUGAUUGUUACUAUACAUUAACUGCUGUGUUAUGUGGUAUCAAAGCUGCAAAAAUUCUUAAGGAACUCGUUGUGCAAGUUAUAACUGCUGUUAUUUGGACUAAUUGUCCUAAUGUAUACAAGGAUCCAGUUGUUUCAGAUCCCAUGCCAGAUCUUAUGAAUUCCAAGUCAUCUUGUAAUACUUCUAUCAAUUUUAUAAUUGUAAUAAUAUUUAUAAAUAUAUUAUAAAUUAAAACAUUA